GCCCCAAAUAUAACUGGUUUGUUUGCUGUCACUAAAACGCCAUUUUUAUUAAAUUUCUAGAAGAAAACGUUUACACUCCUGCGGCAUCGAUAAAAUUGCGGAUCAACAAUACUUCUAAGCGCGGGCAGAUUUUGUCGAAACGAUGGCUGAGUAUCUUGCUUCGAUUUUCGGCACGGAAAAAGAUAAAGUCAAUUGCUCGUUUUAUUUCAAGAUUGGAGCCUGCCGUCAUGGGGAUCGAUGCUCUCGUAUUCAUAACAAACCUACAUUCUCACAAACCUGUUUAUUGCAAAAUCUCUACGUAAAUCCGCAGAACUCGGCAAAAUCGGCCGACGGCAGUCAUCUUGUGGCAAACGUUUCGGAUGAGGAAAUGCAAGAACAUUACGAUAACUUCUUCGAAGAUGUUUUCGUCGAAUGUGAGGACAAGUAUGGUGAAAUCGAGGAAAUGAAUGUGUGUGACAAUCUAGGAGAUCAUCUUGUUGGUAACGUGUACAUCAAGUUCCGUCGCGAAGAAGAUGCUGAUAGGGCGGCAAAAGAUUUAAAUAACCGCUGGUUUGGUGGGCGUCCUGUUUAUUCGGAAUUGUCGCCAGUAACUGAUUUCCGUGAAGCCUGCUGUCGCCAGUAUGAAAUGGGCGAAUGUACGCGCUCAGGAUUUUGCAACUUUAUGCAUCUCAAACCGAUAUCUCGUGAGCUAAGAAGAUAUCUGUAUUCGCGACGACGAGGACGAUCUCGUUCCAAAUCACGUUCACCGAAACCAAGAGGCGGCGGCGGUGGCGGUGGCGGUGGCGGCGGAGGACGCGAUCGUUCGAGAGACAGAAAUCGUCGUUCUAGAAGCCGCGAUCGUAAAGGACCCGAAAGAAACGACAAUGGCCGCAAGGGAAGAUAUUAGAAUUGUAAUUCAAUUGAUCAGCUUGACGGCAAAUGCAGUGCUAAUACUGUUCGCCAAUUAGAAUGUAUAUUCGUUUCGCAUCAUGGAAUGUGUCGAAGCAUUCUGGUUAUAACCAUGAAACGAGAAACUACCUAAUCAGGAGAUUACUGUAAGUUUGAACAUUUUGUAUUGAGGAGAGGCGGUAAUAAAGUCAUUUUACCGGUAAAAAA